GGCUUUCAUAACCAUGCCAGUCACAUCAGAUAACCAAAUAACCUGGACAGCCUUAUGUUUUAUUCCAGCGUGCUAGAUCUGCUAAAAUGCAAAUCAUUGCCUCAACACAGCAGAAAGGCCGAAAGAGAUCAUGUGACUUCAGAUGCCAGGCAGAUAACUUCAGCCCAUCCCUUUCUCUGCCUGAGAUUCAGGAGGCAUGGUGACAAAACAGCUUUUCAACACGGAAACAGCACAGCUGGAGGGCUGCAGCCAUGAGCUUUCACAUCAGGUUGGACGAUGAAAACAACAUUUUCCCCUGACUGUUUCUGAAGAGCAGCGUUCAAGAAAUUUCCUCUCGGGAAGCUGUGUAAAUAGGUGGAGAGCAAGUACAUUGCAGCUCCUGAGCUCCAGAGCCCCAGAGAGAAUUGGAGCACCUGUUCUGCACAGCUGCACCCCUCAGGGGUUGCUUUCUCUUAAAAAAAGAAUCUUCUAAAGGUACUCUUGUACAAAAAAUCUCGGUAUUGCUGAAGCAGAAAGAAAAAAAAGGCAUACUAGGAAGAGCCCGGGAGCCUAAAGGAGUAUAGCCCUCAUCCCUGAAGGAACAACACAGGAAAUGUGUACAAUGCUGACAGCUGAGAGAAACAUGCUUCGCAUCAGCAGCGAUUGAAACGGAUGGGAGCAUCUUUGGAACCAUGGGGUGCAGCAGUUCUGUGGCUGACAGAAGGUCAGAGAAUGUCAUUAGAGCUGCAGUCCUCAUCCAGAAGUGGUACCGCUUCACCAUGGCCCGCCUGGAGAUGAGGCGCCGCUAUUCUCUCAGCAUCUUUCAGUCCAUCGAAUAUGCUGACGAGCAGGAUCAGCUACAGCUAUCCAACUUUUUUACAUUCAUGCUGGAGCAUUGUACUCAUCCUGAUUCAGUUUCUCAAAUUUUCACCAGCCCUAGUGCUCCUCAGGUGGUGGAUGAAGACUUAAGUUUAAAAGAAUUUGAGAAGAAGAUUGAUGUUCCAGACUCCUAUUAUGGACCACGACUCUCAUUCCCCCUCACUGUUGAAGAUGCCAAUGCUCUCCUUCAUGCUUUCAGGAAUGAACAGCUGCUUCAUGCCCGCUAUGUACUGCAGCUGCUGAGUGAAACGAGGAGGGUUCUCAAGGAGAUGCCAAAUAUCACCCAUCUUUCAACUUCCUACUCCAAGGAGAUAACUGUCUGUGGAGAUUUACAUGGAAACCUGGAUGAUCUUUUGCUGAUAUUCUAUAAGAAUGGUCUGCCUUCAGAACAAAACCGCUAUGUCUUUAAUGGUGACUUUGUCGACAGAGGGAAAAAUUCUAUGGAAAUACUUAUAAUCCUAUUUGCAUUUCUUCUUAUCUAUCCCAAUGAUUUACACUUGAAUAGAGGAAACCAUGAAGACUACAUCAUGAACCUGAGAUAUGGAUUCACAAAAGAAGUUUCGAAGAAGUACAAGGACCAUUGGAAACAGAUUUUGUCUCUUCUGCGAGAUGUUUUUAGCUGGCUUCCCCUUGCCACUAUAAUUGAUAGCAAAGUGCUUAUACUACAUGGGGGGAUUUCAGACACCACAGAUUUGGAUUUCCUGAAUGCACUUGAGAGAAAUAAGUUGAAAUCUUUGAUGCGGCCACCAAAGUCAGUGAGAAACAGACAGGACCAAGUGAAGAAGAGAAUUCCCACGACCAAACCCAGUAAACACGUUGCCAGCCAGCCUGUUGCAGGGAAGACACAACACAUCUCCUCAUCAGGCUCCACUGAGCUUUCAGGUUCAAAUUUGCCUCCAGACCCCGCCCUGAAGGAAUGGAAACAAAUCCUUGACAUUCUGUGGAGUGAUCCAAGAAGCCAAAAUGGCUGUACACCAAACAAGUGUCGAGGAGGAGGCUGUUACUUUGGUCCUGAUGUCACUGCCAAGCUGUUUGAGAGAUACAAUCUGAAGAUGCUCAUCAGGUCUCAUGAAUUUAAGCCAGAAGGUUAUGAGAUCAGUCAUGAUGGGAAGGUUAUCACCAUAUUCUCUGCCUCUAACUAUUACGAAGAGGGCAGCAACCGGGGUGCUUACAUCAAGCUGAAUCCUGAGCUCACCCCUCGGUUUGUGCAGUACCAGGUCAGCAAGUUCACGCGCAGGCAGAAGCUCCGGGAGAGGGUAGGUACAAUUGAAUCAUCUGCCCUGAAGUCCUUACGAGAGAAGAUUUAUGCGCACAGGUCUGAACUCAUCAGUGCUUUUGCUCAAUACGACGUCAAUGGCACAGGCAGGAUUUCUGUCAAUGACUGGGCUGCAGCGAUGGAGUCUGUCCUACAGCUGGAACUGCCCUGGAGGAUGCUGCGGUCUCAGUUAGCACAGAUGAACCCAGAUGGAGAAGUUGACUUCAUGUCAUGUUUUUAUGAUUUGAAAAUGGGUCAACCUAUAAAAGAGGCUCAGCCAGCUUUGGCAGAAACACUGUGCAGAUACAGGAAGGAUCUGGAGAUCAUCUUUAACAUCAUUGACAAGGAUCACUCAGGUUUGAUUUCUCUUGAGGAAUUCAGCCAGACAUGGAGACUGUUCACUUCUCACCUGGGCAUUGAGAUACAGGAUGACUCCAUUGACAAGUUAGUCCUCAGCAUAGACUACAACAAAGAUGGCCACAUUGAUUUCAAUGAAUUUUUAGAGGCCUUUCAUGUUGUUCACAGACUUGAGAAAAAGGCAACUUCAUGAAGAGGCAGAACUUCUUGUGGGUUGUCUUGGAAGCUCAGCUUGCUGUCAUUAGUCAUAAAAGGGCUGCUUGAUAGGGUCGGAGUGCAAGCCUUUAUUUAGCCCUUCCAGGAUGAUCUGUAGCUGCUAAUAAUGGGAUAGAAGAGAUGAAAACCUACACUUACAGUAUUACUGUGUCACUGCCACACACUGCCAGGACCUUACAAUUCAUCCCCUCCUCUUGGUGGCAUUUCCCCCAUCAAUCGAAUCCCUGAGCAUUGCCAAGGUCAUGCCUACAGCUGUGUAGGGAGAGAGACUUUGGUAUGUGUCUGCCAGCAGUCCUUAGUGACAGCUGAGAGCACUGAUAACCACAAAGAACGUGUCAGACCCACCCUGGUGAUGGAACAGGCACGAGAGAGCUGGCUGUGGGGUGUCCAUUGCAGGAGAGGAAAACAGGGAGGAAGCAUCUGGUUAAAAUGGAUAAUUCUGCAUUUAAUCUUGCUCUUUGCAUGAUGCAGAGGAAUUAAAUUAUUACAGGUCAAUCUCUUAUCCUUCUAAAAGUUUACAGGCACAGCUUAGAGGAUCUUGGUAGAAAGGUGUUUACACUUGCACUAGAUUUCCUCUUGCCUCUGGUUACUUUUUCCCAUAUUUGUUGGGAUUCGGAGCUAUGAAACAAUCAUAACCGUUUCUGAGAUGGAGCCAGGCUUUUCACAGUGCUGCUGAGCAGCAGGACAAGGGGCAAUGGGCAGAAACUGAUGCACAGGAAGUUGCACCUGAAGAUGAGCAAGAACUUCUUUCCUGUGCAGUGACUGAGCACUGGAACAGAAUGCCCAGAGGGGGUGUGGAGUCUCCCUCUGGAGCUCUUCAAGAAUCAUCUGGAUGUAGUCCUGGGCUACGUGUUAUGGGAUGACCCUGUCUGAGCAGGGAGGUUGGACCAGAUGAUUCAUUGUGGUCUCUUCCAACAUGAGCCAUUCUGGGAUUUGGUGAUUCCGUGCUAACUCGUGACCUUGAUGAAGGGUAAAUCCACAGCAUGUUAAUGCAACACAUGACAGAUCACAGAAUAAAGCUUCAGCUUUCUGAGCAAUGCCUAAGGGGGGCGUCUCUUUGCCUGUGUUUUGUAGCCUGCCUCAAGCACCAUAGAACACUCUUCCUGAAGAUGAACUGGGUUUCUUAAAAGCAGAAAUAAGAACACAAGAAUAAACGUAUUUUGAUACUACCAAAUCUAAAUAUUCUUGCACAUAGUUAAACAUAAGUUCUUGACCAAGAAAAGGAAACUGAGAAAUUCUGAAAUUGAGUUUUUGGAAGGCAGCAAGAUUGAAGACUCUUGCACUCACAUUCCUGUCUCCUUUCCCUGACUACAAGUCAAUAUUCCCAUUCCUGCCAAUACCACCGUGUCAAUUCCCAAGGGGGAGAAGUCAGGAAAUCUGGACCUGAUUCUCUUGCAUCUUACACUCUGAAAGCAACAUCGGGUCAGGAGCUUUUUGGUAACUGCAUUACCUCAUUCAGCCUCAGUAAAUCCAAAGCACAUAAAGUGCUUUUUGGGUAGGGAAAAGUUCCAACCUAGUCCCUCUUUAAAUUUUAAUAGCUAAAGAUGAGCUAAGUAAAGCAGCUCAGUUUCAUUUAACAGAAGUAUUGAAAGUACAAAAAAAAGCAUCCUUCCAAGUUUAUCAUCCCAGAAUGUAACAGCAGCCCAAGCUUAAGGCACUGCUGUCUCUCUUAUAUCUUAUUUUCUACUAUUAAAUACAGAACACUUUUCCAGAAGUAUUUUGUAACUUGACAGAUGAAUGAACAAACAUGCACACACUUAUUUCUACUGCCUUGGAGGAGAGGAAAUGAAAAUCUUUAACAGUACAAACAAAAUUUACAGUGAAACUUUAAUGGCAUUGGUAAUACAUAAUGUAUAUUUUUAGCAUGCAGUUAUUCUGAUCUAUGCACUGUGAUGAUCAGUCCCACCUUAUUCUAGUGGAGUUACAAAAAGGCUCCACUUACAAUGGCCAGACACCUCUGUGUGUGGUGGGAUCUUGCUUCCCACUGUUGGCUUCCGUGCGGUGGGUGUGAAGUGACAAGGUGGAACUGGACAUUGCAGCUCUGGAGUCCCCCUUUGCCACCUGCCCCAGUAAAGAGGACAAAGACAGGCUGUACAGUGAGACACAGGAGCUCUGAAGGAUGGCUGGCAGCCUCCAGUGUGGAUGUCCCCCACUAAGGACACAUUCCUGAUGCUGGCAUGAAGGGGACUGGCCUCGAGGGAUCACUUCCUGAGAGGGGAUGCCGAGGUACAGUUGCAGCACAGCUUCACUCAGCAGGCAGUGAGAGCCUUUUGGGGAUGCAGGACUGAGGUAUGAGAGGAGCUGAAUCACUGAGCCAAAACAGAAAGCUGUCCUGUCAGCUGCUGGUGGCACAAAGGGCCCCCUGGCCCCUGACAGAAGGGGGGUGGCAGGGGAAACAUCUAACGCUGGGAAUAGAUGCCACUUGAGACUGAAACUGGGAGUGGGAAAAAGCCGUGCUGCUUGUACUUAAAUCCAAACUGUUUGAGCAGAAGCUCCUCUUCUGUAACCCACAUCCUCAAUCCCUUUUUCUCAGUCAUGAUUGCAUGCAGCAGCCACUUAAUAUUCCAGAUGUGAGUGGUCCUUUAAGCAGCACCUGAAUCAGCCUGCAGAUGAGUGCCAAGCUCUCAGCCUACAGCUACAGCUGCCACCACUGGCAGCAUCUCUCUCCUGCUUUCUGGGCAACUCUGCUCCUACCUGCUGACCACUCCAGAAAGUGCCCAAGGUUGGACUUGGACUGACUCAAGCUCCUGCUUCACUCAAGGCCCUGGCUGCUGCCAGAGGGGUGACACAUUGCUGCAGUGUCCCAUGCCCACCUGGGGCAGGCCAGGUGUGUCACUACCCCACAGAAAGUGGAUGCCCCUUUGCAGGGCAGCCAAGGACUGUGUGGCUCACCUGCACCUUCCAGGAACAAGCAGGACUCUUUCCCUGAGAAAAGAGACUGCAAUUAGCAGGAGAGAAGCCAGACAAACUUUGUACUUUGUACUCCACCCAUUCAGUUUUCACAGUUGCCUGUGGGCCCAGCAGCUGAGGGAGAUCAAUGGCACUUUUGAUCAGUUUAGUUUGACAAACCCACGUCCCUGUUGGCAGCAGUGGGACGGCAACAGCGUGAGCAGGGGGGACACUGGCCUGGGGAGCAGGGUGUGAGCUCUGAGCCGUAUGUGCUAUGAGCUGUGAGCUGGACACAGAUCCUUAGUCUGCCAGUUUGUCCCCCCAGCCCCGGGCGUGUCUCCAGGCACAGCCAGCUGCCCCCAGCAGUGUGUAGGUGCUCCUGAUGGCACAGCUGCAAACUGCUUGGGGCAGCAGGGCCCAUCAGGCUGGCACGAGCAGCUCUUGGGUGAAUCUGUUUUAAUUAACUAAUGUCCUUGUGUCUGAGGCACAGGACAAGUCCGUUCACCUUUGCCUUCUUUCCAUAAAUGAGUUUCCAGGGACGGGGAGCUGGCAGUGUCACCUCUGCUGGCUCUCCAGGGAGGCUUCACAGCCAAGGAGAGCCUCUGCCAGCUACCUCAGCCCUGCACAAACUGCAAAGUCGUCCUGUAUUUCAUCUGGGAGCACACCCUGGUCACCCCCGGUGCCAGCUCUGCUUUACAGCAGCCUCAGACACAGGAGCUGCUCAGCAAAGCAGGGGUCUGUGUAAAACCUUAUUUUGCAUAAUGGGGUUUGCACUGCGAGGCCACUCUCCAGUUGCAAUGGUUCUUUGCUCUGAGCAGUAACACAGCAGCAACGUGGAGCUGUGCCUGACCCUACAAGUAACAUAAGUUUGCCUUCCACUGGCCUUGUGUUUGAGUACCACCCUUCACAAUCAGACAGAUACAUAAACUCUUCAAAUUACCACAUAAAUGCUUUCCAAUUGCCUGCAUUCCACGUGGUAUUUCAUUGGGAUCAUCAUGAAUAUACCAUAACCUAGGUCAUACUGUGAAUGUGAUGGUAAAGACACCAAUGACACUCCCAUUCAAAAACAAAGAACUGUUCAGGGGUGUCCAGGUAUGUUAGGCCAUACCUUUCAUUGGUUUAGACUUCAAUGCAGCUGCAUGGAAAACCAAUACCAGCCUUCUUGUUUCAAAUGAACACAGUAGGUUAAAAAAAUUUAGAAGUCUGAGCAAAAAGUCAUCUUGCAUCUCUCUCAAUCUAGGAUUCAGGAAUAAAGCAAAAAUAACUGCUACAACUUUUUGUAUGAUACUGGGUAAAAUAAAAAAAAACAUCACCUUGCUCUUGCUGUGCUUAUGCUCUGCACAGUCACAUCUGCUUAAACUAGACAAAGGAUUUUAUUUCCUUUUACUGGGAAACAAGCCAAGUGAGCUCUCACAAUACAUUUGGAAAGUUAAAAAACCCACACCAAAUAAUAACAAAGGCAAACCCUUACAAAACAGGCACCACGCCAAUAAAAUAACUUCCACACCCAAGUGUGAAUUGUACCUGAACUGUCACUUUAUACUGGCCCCUGCACAAGCCCAUGCUUCCCAUGGUGGUUAACACAGAGCUUCUGGUCCUCUGGACUACCAAACUCCUCUGGUCUCUGAAAAAACAUUAAAUCACCUCACACUAAGGCCUCCUACACCUCCACUCCCUUGAGCCAGUUCCCAGAUCCUGCUCUAGCAGCAGUGACUGUGUAGAGGGACAGCAGGCAGGCUCUCAGGCUUAUAUAGCUUAGAAAGUACUUAUUUUUACAGGCAGGCCUAUCUACUCUUUUCACCUCUACCUGCCAAGACAGCAUUGCUCUGAUCCUUUCUGCUCACAUGGCAGCAGUGCUACAAAGGGAGGCUGGCUGUGGCCAUGGGAUGCUGAAGCUACUACCACUUUCCUAAGCUGUUAGCCAGAUGCUGACAUGUGGCUGGUGGCAAAGCCAGCAGCACAGGCACAAGGAAAACCACAGCCAGUGCCUGGGGUAAGGUAGAGUUUCCCUCUCCAGAGGCUGCCCAACUCUGUUUUCAGUUUAAAUGGCCAUGGAGUCAUUUUCAUGCGGGACGCAACCAUUCCCCACAGCACCUCAGAGCUUCCAACUGGCAGCAUUAACCUGGGAACUGUCUGCAGGGAGACUUCCAGGGAGGCUUCCAGGCAGCCCAAGCCCUAAUUACAUGAGACCAGUGUGACUUCAAACUAAAAAGAAGAAAAAGAAAAAAUGGCAAAGGAAAUAAAAAGAAAAGAAAAAAAAAA